AUGGUUGCUAUUUCGUUGCCAACAACAAUUAGCAAUUUUGAGGGUGAAAUUAGCCAUGUGGUAGUAGCUGGAAAUGAAACGUUAACCUUCAUUAAACCAUCUCAAUGGCAAGAAGAAAGAAAGAAGAUCUCCUUAAAACUGCAUAGUUUAGCACAAUCAUUAAAGAAAUUCGAGUCAUUAUCAGCGGUGAAAUCUGGUGAGGUAUAUAUUGCAAAUGUAAAAGGUUCAUUGGAACGGUCAUAUAUUAUCCGAAGACCAACUCCUGAUACAUAUUCCAUUUACCUCAUUGAUAAAGGCAUGCAGUGUGAAGCACAGUUCGAUGAUAUUUAUGAAUUUCCACAAGAAUUAUUGGAUUUUGCAUUGUUUAGCUGUGUUUGUCCUGUCUUCGUACCAUCCGCUGAUCAACUCAAUGUCUAUAAAGCUUUCAUAGGACACAAAUGCAAGUGUGAAGUGGAAACCAUAUCACGAUCAUUUGUCGUGUUGGGAUAUGUUCGUGGUCGGUUAUUGGUGGAAAAUGGUGACUUUUAUAAAGAUUUACAAGACAUUGUUUGUGGAGAUGUGGCAAUUGAAGUGAACAAUUUCGCUAAACGAUCCAUUAGAUCUAAUACGCCAGCUAAGAUACCUGAAGGAGACAUAGUUUCAUCCACAGGCAGUGGACAGCGAGACAGUUCCAACAGCGAACUGACUUAUCGUUGUUCUUCUACGGAAGAGGUUGCGCAAAGGACACGAGAUUGCACUCCACGCAGAAGAAUGUCUAUCGGGUCAAAGAAGGUCAAGUACGGCCAGCAGCAGGGAAGUUGUGUGGAUGCUGAAUUACGUACUGAAUAUGAAACGGUAAAGGCCCAACCAUUGUUCACACAAACAGCGUUCAAACAGUACAAACCUGAUGUGAUUCCAACAGUGGUCAGUGUUCGAUUCGAUAAGAAAGAUCGAGUAUUGGAUAGAUUUUGGGUUGUAAACAAGAGCAUAUUUUCAACAGUUGAAAGAGUAUUGAAAGAAAAUUCCAGAAAGAUAUCAGGGUUCCCAGUGUUACGUCAAACAUUAGACAACGAUAUCCUAAUGAGAAAAAUACCAUGUGUAGUGCGUACCCGAGCUGAAAGUGCUUACAAAGCUUACUACCGUGCAGUUCCCUCUCGAUUCGAUGCACGCACAAAGAGAUGUUCAAUUUUCUUGGUGGAUUUUGGUUGGUUCAAAUGGGUGCUCGCUAAAGAUGUCAUCGAUAUAUCUGCCAUGGAUAAGUCUAAUCCAAUUCGAAAUCUGCCAGUAGCAAUGAUACAUUGUCAAGAGGACGUGACUAGUGUGCUACACGCUAAGAAUCUCUCAAAGGGAGCAGAUUGCUAUAUGAGAGUGAAGGAAUCCCUGUCUCAAGAUGUAUAUUUGGUUGAUUUAUUGGAAACUGGCAGCACUUUUAACGAUCUUCUAAUUGGUGGUGUGGGAGAUAUCGACGGGAUUUCUUCAAGCAAGAAUUUGGCUAAUGAAACAUAUGGGCAACAAUUUAUGACAUCGAUGAUGUUGGGAACGUUGAAUACUGCGAAUCGUGAUUUGACGCAAUCUCGACACAUCUGGCCGUUUUAUUGUUCCCCAGCGUUUCCGAUGAUAAUGCCAGUAGCUUUACCGGUGAUGGUACCAGUACCAGUUCCGAACGCAAAUUUGCCCACUAUUGGACAUGAACAAAUCCUGAAUUAUCAAAAUUCACAAAUAGGAAACAUAGAAAACACCCAUGAUCUUCAAAAUGAUGUGCAGGAUUCGACGUGUUUCCGAAAUUAUGUCCAUGAGAGAUCCCAGAACAGUAAUUCACGACAUAUAUACGAAGAAUGUUAUGACAGCAAUUUCUCGGCAGGAAGUAGACUUGGUUUUAUGUCGUGCAGCACGGCAGGGAAUUCUCUUGAUGAAGACUUGGAUGGUAAUUCGCACAGAGUGAGAUUGACAAGUUGGGAAAAGGCCGUUGCUGCAGAUCGUGCACUUCGAACACAGGCGAGAGAACAAAGAACUUUCCAUGAAGAUGAUGAAUCGAGUCAACUUACAUAA